AAUAUAAAAGCACAGUUCCGCGGAGCAUGAUGUACAUUUAUUGUUGCAUCGAAGACAGUAGUACAGUUCAGAAAAAAUGAAGUCGUUGUUGAUUCUAGGACUUGGUCUAUGUCUAAUGAGCGUUGCGUUUGCAGCUCCUUCCUUACUACAGACCAUAAUCUCGGAUGUCACCACCGGUGUCAGUAAUGUCCUGAGCACGCUACAAGGGGAACUAACUAAUCUGAGCAGCACGAUUAAUAGUUUGGUCAAACAAAUUGCCACUGCUUUAACAAACGGAACAUCAAACACCAACAGCGCAUUAACAACAGCGUUGACCAAUGCUCGUACCGCUCUGCAAAACGCUUUGGCGGCUCUGAGCAGCAUCGUAACCAAUGGUCUGACUCAAGCUUCUUCCGGACUAACUACGACGCUCAACACUCAGACCACAAAGCUGUUGACUGCUUUAUCCUAUGUGAACGGAAAUAUUACUGAAAUUCUUGUUGCAGGAAAUACCGCUUCUUUAGAUCUGAUCUACAAGCUUGGAAACGCAACUGCUAAUCUUAACGCGGCAACGGCCUCUGUGGCGUCCAAUGUUAAUUCUUUACUCGGAAAAUUGCUGAGCCAAAUUACUGGAAUUCUUGGAUAAGGAUUUGAAAAUCACUAAAAUACAUGCAAUCUCAAAACACGUUCUGGGAGUCCGGGUACAGGUGUAUUACAAAGACCAAUAAAUUUUGAUAAGCAUACUUCA